AAAUGGCAAAAGGAGCGCUGUUUAAAGUCUCAAAGAAUUGGAUAAGGUAUAUCACAGACAAAGUCAAAAGUUAUGAUAUGUAUCCUAGGAGCAUAAAUUUUACAAUGGGUGGUGAAGAGGAAUUCAAAACUCUCAUAGGAGGAGGUUUCUCUCUAAUCAUAAAAGUUGUAAUUUUAUUUUACGCGUACCUAAUGCUCCGCCUGAUGUAUGAGAGGAAGAAUAACCAGAAAAGUGUCAAUAACGUUGUGACAGACAUUCUGAACGACCCAGACCCUACCUAUAUUAACAACUCUGAUUUUUCAUUCGCAUUUAAAGUAUUUGUAACAGGAGACGAUUCCUUUGAUGUCCUAUCGAAUCCUUAUGUCACUGCUGAGUUCAUGCAAUAUACUAGGGAUCCUACUACCAAAAGUUUAUCAAGCAGCACAAUCUCAUUAUCGACUUGUGGCUCAACUUUGUUUCAUUAUUACAACCAGACAGAGGCGGAACAAAUACAGAUAGAUGAAUUCGUUUGUCCUGAAAGUAGGGAUAUCACUCUCCAGGGGGGAUCUUUCUCUGAUAGCUAUCAAUAUGCUCAACUGAAGCUGAAAAAGUGUCAGUCUGGAUGCCCUCCAGAUUUAGAUACAGUAUUGGGCAAGAUGAGGGUGGAAAUCCCAUUUGUUAACUCUUAUUUUGACUUCCAAGAUUUUGAGAGUCCUUCAAAAACUUUCAUCGAUGGUAGACUUACGAGUUAUAUUCUUCCAGGAUAUUCACAAAAAAGUAAUGUUUAUCUACAGAGCAAUGAGGCUGAGCAUGUCGACAGCUUCUUAGCUUACCAACCUGGAGGCGAAGAGAAAGAGUUCAUCGAGGUGAACAGAGUUGAUAAAACAACUUCAGUCCAAUACGAUAGCCUAGAUUAUACAGUUUUUCAAAUGGUCUUCCUCAAAGAUCCAACUAGCAAAUCAUACGAAAGAGUCGUCUUCACCUUCCUUGAAGCGUUUGGAAAUAUUGGAGGACUGUUAGAGGUCCUAACAAUCGCUGGAGGAUUCAUUGUAGGCUUGUUCUCUGAAAAGAUCUUCUUGUUUACAAUCCUUUCAAAACUCUACCAAGUUGAAAAACCAAAGACUGAUAAAGAUUUCCGUGGAAGCGAUGUCAGAGUACAAAGUCUAUCUAUGAAUGACGAUCCUAACUUUAAAAACAAGUCUAUCGCCUCAAAACUUAUGAAUAAAGAAAUGAUGGUACAAGAAGCUCAGAAAAGAAUGAGGAAAAAGGCCAGAUAUCAAUGGAAAUUUACAGACUUCUUCUAUGACUUCAUCAGCUGGGUCCCAUUCUGUAUCUGCUUCUGCUGCAGAAAGAACGAAGGUUUGAAUAUCAAAAGGAGAAAUAAGCUGUUCUCCAAGGGAGCAGACAAAUUUAUUAAUGAAUUUGAUGCAGUACACUUCGCUAAGUCAAUGAGAGAGGUCAAGACUUUGCUUGCCUCUAUUAUGGAUGAAGAUGAGAGGUUUAUGAUACCCUUCCAGAAAUGCAAUAGUAUCCCAAUGAACACUGACAGUGAGGAAUCCAGCGAAGAAGAUGCUUAUAAAGAAGUCCCGAAAUUAUUUGCCAGAUCAAACGAGACAAUGCUGCAUAUAUCAAGAGUUGAUGACUUCAUGGAACAAUAUUUAAAAAGGAAUUGGUACGAAAAAGAUUAUAGACUGAUCAAUGGUGUCAUCUCCACUACCACUCUCAAAGAUAGCCAGAUUCCUUCAAAUAGACCCAGUGAAAAUUAUAUAUUACCAGAAACUCUUCCAACAACAAUUCAGAAGCAUUCUGCAAAAGUUUUACCUACACAUCUCUCUGAAGAAGAUUCUAAAGCUCAGAGUAGCAAAUACAUUAUGGAAGAGACACUCCAGCCAUAUUUUGACAGCAAUAAAGAGUUAUAAGAAUUCAAUAAAA